UGUGAGCGCCCCAGGAGUGCGGAGCCCGGUGUGCGGCGGCGGGGAUGUGUGCGCGCCCGGAGGGUGCGCGCGUGUGUGCGAGUGUGAGCGUCCGGGCGUGUGGGAGCGCGCGUUAGGGAUUCUGCUUGCAUCGCAGCGUGGAGAACAGGAGGCAGGAGAGGGGCGCGCAGGGGAGCGCGGGGCCCUCCCGCGCACACGCACACGCCGCGCGCGCGCGCACACACAUACACACACGCACACGCCCUCCCUGGCUUGCUCGCUGCCGCUGCCACCAUCUCGGAGCCGAGCCCUGCGGAGCGGGAACCCGAGCCGGAGCGGGAACCGGAGCGGAGCAGAGCGGAGCCGGGGAAUGCGGUCCCGGAGCGGAGCGGCGCGCGAAGUGCGCGCCCGGGACGCCUCCUGUGCCCACAGGCCCUGAGGCUCCGGUGCCUACAGGCAAACAGGGCGACUGAGUCACACCCAGGCUGACCCCAACCCACUUGCCUUUCCCCAACGCCUGCCUGACCUGAGGGAUCCCAUGGCCAUGUCCUGGCUGCCCUGAGUCUGUGAGGCCACACAGCCCCCCACCUGCAUCUACAGGGCUCUGUCCCUGUGCAGCCCCUGGACCAACUUCCAAACCCACUCCUCACCCCAGCCUGGGGACUCCUCAAGCUUCAGGACUCAGAGGGGCACAGUAGCAGUCACGUUGCCCCAAACUGGAAACAACUCAAAGUCCUUCAGCUAGUAAAUGGAUGAACAAUUGAAUACUACUCAGCAAUAAAAAAAGAAUGAAACUGGGAACAACAAAGAAACAACGAAGUGCAUGCUGGGACCGCGACUGAUAGGCUGCUGCUCCCUGGGCCCCCAGAGGCUGAUCUGUUUGCCUCCCGGUGCCGUCUGACCCAGGUGAGCGAGAGGAUGCUGGCGGGGGGCGCGAGGAGCAUGCCCAGCCCCCUCCUGGCCUGCUGGCAGCCCAUCCUCCUGCUGGUGCUGGGCUCGGUGCUGUCAGGCUCGGCCACCGGCUGCCCGCCCCGCUGUGAGUGCUCGGCCCAGGAGCGUGCCGUGCUCUGCCACCGCAAGCGCUUCGUGGCAGUUCCUGAGGGUAUCCCCACCGAGACCCGCCUGCUGGACCUGGGCAAGAACCGCAUCAAGACGCUCAACCAGGACGAGUUUGCCAGCUUCCCGCACCUGGAAGAGCUGGAGCUCAAUGAGAACAUCGUGAGCGCCGUGGAGCCCGGCGCCUUCAACAACCUCUUCAGCCUGCGGACGCUGGGGCUGCGCAGCAACCGGCUGAAGCUCAUCCCCCUCGGCGUCUUCACGGGCCUCAGUAACCUGACCAAGCUGGACAUCAGCGAGAACAAGAUCGUCAUCCUGCUGGACUACAUGUUCCAGGACCUGUACAACCUCAAGUCACUGGAGGUCGGCGACAACGACCUUGUCUACAUCUCCCACCGGGCCUUCAGCGGCCUCAACAGCCUAGAGCAGCUGACGCUGGAGAAAUGCAACCUGACCUCCAUCCCCACCGAGGCGCUGUCCCACCUGCACAGCCUCAUCGUCCUGAGGCUCCGGCACCUCAACAUCAACGCCAUUCGGGACUACUCCUUCAAGAGGUUGUACCGGCUCAAGGUCUUGGAGAUCUCCCACUGGCCCUAUUUGGACACCAUGACACCCAACUGCCUCUACGGCCUCAAUCUGACCUCCCUGUCCAUCACCCACUGCAACCUGACCGCUGUGCCCUACCUGGCCGUGCGCCACCUGGUCUAUCUCCGCUUCCUCAACCUCUCCUACAAUCCCAUCGGCACCAUCGAGGGCUCCAUGUUGCAUGAGCUGCUGCGGCUGCAGGAGAUCCAGCUGGUGGGCGGGCAGCUGGCCGUGGUGGAGCCCUACGCCUUCCGCGGCCUCAACUACCUGCGCGUGCUCAACGUCUCGGGCAACCAGCUGACCACCCUGGAGGAGUCGGCCUUCCACUCGGUGGGCAACCUGGAGACGCUCAUCCUGGACUCCAACCCGCUGGCCUGUGACUGCCGGCUCCUGUGGGUGUUCCGGCGCCGCUGGCGGCUCAACUUCAACCGGCAGCAGCCCACGUGCGCCACGCCCGAAUUCGUCCAGGGCAAGGAGUUCAAGGACUUCCCCGACGUGCUCCUGCCCAACUACUUCACCUGCCGUCGCGCCCGCAUCCGGGACCGCAAGGCGCAGCAGGUGUUCGUGGACGAGGGCCACACGGUGCAGUUUGUGUGCCGGGCGGACGGCGACCCGCCGCCCGCCAUCCUCUGGCUCUCGCCCCGCAAGCACCUGGUUUCGGCCAAGAGCAACGGGCGACUCACAGUCUUCCCCGACGGCACGCUGGAGGUGCGCUACGCCCAGGUGCAGGACAACGGCACGUACCUGUGCAUCGCGGCCAACGCGGGCGGCAACGACUCGAUGCCAGCCCACCUGCACGUGCGCAGCUACUCGCCCGACUGGCCCCAUCAGCCCAACAAGACCUUCGCUUUCAUCUCCAACCAGCCGGGCGAGGGAGAGGCCAACAGCACCCGAGCCACCGUGCCUUUCCCCUUCGACAUCAAGACCCUCAUCAUCGCCACUACCAUGGGCUUCAUCUCUUUCCUGGGCGUCGUCCUGUUCUGCCUGGUGCUGUUGUUCCUCUGGAGCCGGGGCAAGGGCAACACGAAGCACAACAUCGAGAUCGAGUACGUGCCCCGCAAGUCGGACGCGGGCAUCAGCUCCGCCGACGCGCCCCGCAAGUUCAACAUGAAGAUGAUCUGAGGACGGGGCGGGGGCGGGGGGCAGGGGCCCCCGGGGCAGGCCGGGCAGGGGAAGGGGCCUGGCCGCUGAGCACUCGCUCCUCAGUCCUUCCCGCCGCUCCCCUGGCCCUCCACACACAUCCCUGUUCCCUGCGGCUCCCUCCCACCCCCCCCACCCCCUGCCGGCCCUCACCGCCUGCCCUCUGUCUACCAGGACCUCCGCAGGCCAGGCCUGGGGACCCCACCUGCACAGGGCCACACGUUGACAGACUGGAGUCAGAAGCCGACAGACCGACACGCGGCACAGUCAAUAAUUCAAUAAAAAAAAGUUACGAACUUCCUCUGUAACUUGGGUUUCAAUAAUUAUGGAUUUUUAUGAAAACUUGAAAUAAUAAAAAGAGAAAAAAAAAAACCUAUUUCCUAUAGCUAGUCGGAAUGCAAACUUUUGACGUCCUGAUUGCUCCAGGGCCCUCUUCCAACUCAGUUUCUUGUUUUUCUCUUCUUCCUCCCCGUCCUCCUUCUCUUCCUCCUUUCUCUUCUCUUCCCCUAUGGGGAGGGAUCACUCAGGAAAACAGGAAAGGAGGCUCCAGCACCCCCCUGCCCGGGCAGCUGACAGGAGCGGGCAGGGCGGCAGGUGCGGGCCCGGCUCCGGGCUGGCCGUCUGCAGGGAGCAGGCGGAGGAGACAGGGCUGCCUGGUGGGGGUGGGGGCUGGUGGCCAAGCCGCCGGGAAGCAGUACUGCCGGGGGUCGGGGGCCCGACUCGGGUGUGGCUGAGACUCUGGACAGGGGCUGGGGUCCUCCUGCAGGACGGCACAGUCAGUGCAGAGGGCCAGGAGCUGGAGGCGGGACCGAGGCCUAACUUCUGGUCCCAGCUCUGCCACUGACUUACUGUGUGGUUUCAGACAGGUCACUGACCCUCUCUGGGCCUCAGUCUCCGCAUCUGUACAAAUGGAAACGUGACCCCCCGCCCUGCCUACCUCACAGGGCUGUUGUGAGGAAUUGAUGAGAUGAUGUAUGUGAAACACUUUGUAACCUGUAAAGCGCUGUGCACAUGUGUG